AUGUGCCGUCGUCUCCAAGUCAGGAUCUUCUACAAGUGGUGCAACCAUGGCGUCACUUACCCGGACGAGAUCCCCCAACCACCCCCCGACCUGUACCGGGGAUGCUUGCAAGAGGCGUUGCUGGCAUUACCGACCGUUCCCGCAGCAGCACAGUAA